AGGGUACCAAAACACCUGAACAAUAACAUUUUGUGAACGUGUUCCUCAAACUUAGUAAUUAUUUAUCAUCAGUCAGAUGCUAGAGCAGUAGAUCAACUAUACCAAAAAGGCGGAUCUCGUCCGUUUGGUCCCUCCAUACCAUUCAUCUCUCGUAUAUGGCCCAUAGUGAUAUAUAUGAGACCCUGAAGACCAAAUUUUCUAGAUCAUCAUUUCACGCCAUCGUCGAAUUCCUAUCAAUUUACGUUGGAGUGUACAGAACCCUUGCAAUCAUCACUUUAUUUGUUAAACCUCAUCCAUCUCUAACUCUAAAUAUACUUGAUUUCCUACGGAUACAAUGGAGAAUCUUCCAAAAGACUACUUUGUCACCUCGCAGCAAUUUACGAAGAACACUCAUCGGGAUGAGUACCCUGCUAUCAAUCCUUCGUCUGAGCCCUUGAGUCAGGCUGGAAAGGUCAUUGUCAUUACAGGGGCUAGCAAAGGUCUUGGACGUCUGGGUUUCGCCGCAUCCUUUGCUCGCGCCAGUCCAAGAGGAAUUGUGAUUGUUGGUCGAAAUUUGGAACGCCUGAAAGCGACUGCAAAGGAAAUUCGCGACAUCAACCCUGAGGUUGACGUGCUGGCCGUUGCAGCAGACUUGGACGAUCCCAACUCCGUGACAGCGCUUUGGGACAAGGUGAAGGCAAGGUUUGAUACAGCGGAUGUCCUUGUCAAUAAUGCUGGAUCCUUUGCGCCUGCAGCGAACGUCGCAGAUGUGAAGCCCGACGUGUGGUGGUCGGAUUUUCAAACCAACGUUCGUGGAACAUUCCUUGUUACGCAGGGCUUCCUCGAGCUUCUCGGAUCGCAGAAAAAGGGGAACAUCAUCAACAUGAGCACCAGCGCCGCCCUCAGCGUGUUUCCUGGGCUCUCGAGUUAUAGCAUCUCCAAGUUCGCCGUGAUCCAGCUCCAAGCGUACGUUGCAGCUGAGUACCCCAACGUUACCGCGGUUACGCUCCAUCCGGGCAUUGUGAAGACCGACAUGACAAUUGACGCAUUUAUGCCAUUCGCGGACGACACUGCGCAGCUGGUGGGUGGUGUUGGAGUAUGGCUGGCAACUGAACAAGCGAAGUUUUUGAGUGGUCGCUAUAUCAGUGCCAAUUGGGACGUUGAAGACUUGGUGGCGAGGAAGGAUGAGAUUCAAUCCCAAAACUUACUUACUGCUGGUUUAUUUGGAAAGUUUGGAAAGGAACAAUUUGACUAAUCAUGCAACGAUUGUGUCAUCAAACUUAUUUAGUCUAUGCAGU